AUGGACUCUCCUGCGAAACCAGAUAAUCAGCCUGACGCUCCUCGGCCAGGACAGACGAUCCGUGGAACGCUUCUGUCACAUUUGACCAACGUUGUACAGGGAUCGACGCCGUUCAUAUCCAUCUUUCUUUUGAUCCAUCUUUCAGCUCCAGUUCUCGCAAAUGUUGGAGGCUCGUCGCUGUCCUCUCAAGUCAUGCUCCUCGGGCGAGAAUAUUACCAAACCGCUUUCGGCGAAGCCUACCUCGUUCUUCUCCCUCUCACACUCCAUCCCCUCACCGCAACUCUCAAGCGUAUUCUGUCCCCGCAUUCGCCCCGCCCUCCUUCGAGCCUUCUGACAAUCACGGGUUAUACGACCCUUCUAUUUCUUCCGAUUCACUUUCUCACACACCGCCUAGCUCCAGCCUCUCCGCUACCUCCAAUCGGUUCCAUUGGACCUGCAGAGCUAGACUACGAGUUUGUGAAGGCGGGGCUCAGUGCUUGGCCUCUUCGCUCAUGGGUUCUCUACAGCGGACUUGCGCUCGGUGUAGCUUUCCAUAUGGGCGAGGGAACGCAUUUGAUGUGGAAUACGUGGGAGCCUCAUGCGACGGAGAAAUGGAGGAGCUUUGGCAAAACAACGAGGCGUGUUAUUGCUGCUGCCUGCGCCUUCCCUGUGAUUUCAGGACUGUUUGCCUUAUCGCAGGAGCCGUUAUUGUUGUUCGCGUCAACGCUCGAGCGAAUUCAUGCUUCGUUCACUCAAUCUAUCAUCUUCAGAAUUUGA